AUGAGUGAGGACGAAUACGGGACGGGAAUUCGACCGAGAAUUGCGGAUGGCCUUCCAAACGAUGUGAAUCUUCUAAUACUUGACCACUUGUAUCCCGUUUCUCUGAUACGAGCGGCGUAUGCGGGCUAUCCUGUCCCGGCCGAGUGGGUGCGGCGCGCUCUACAUACCUACCUCUGGAAAAGAGUGCUUGUGGUGCAGUUUGAUUCGGUGAAAGCGAGGAUAAGAGAAGGAGAGAACAUUUUUCUGAUCGGAUACGGACUAGAGCGGCUCACCUGCGGCAUCUUCGAGGAAGCCGAUGAGGCUCCCACUAUCAAACUUCUUCUCGGUUGGUUGCCUGGUGAAAGAUUUCUCGAGCGCAACGUGCGAAUGAAAGUCUAUCGAGAAUUUAGAAAAGCCACGAAUCGAUCUAGCGCUCUACUGGAAUGCAAUUCAUAG